GAAUUGUAUCAAUUUUCCAAUCACCCUUGUUAAAAAAAAAAAAAAGUUCUUUCUUUCUCUGUGAAUUUGAUUUGUGAGUAUAGUGUAUGUAUACAUAUAUAGUUGAGAUAGGUGAACAUGUGAGAUGCUUUUAAUGAGGCUGGUAAUGAAAAAGGGCCCUCUUUAAUUCUACUUUCUCUCUCCUCUCUCUCUCUCUCUAGAGUGUGCAAUUGAAAGUUACUUUAGUGGGAGUGUUGGAAGAUUAAUAAGAGUUGGAACACCCUCCAUUUGUGCAGUGAAAUUAAUAAUAAAUAAAUAAUGAGGCAGCCUUCUCUUUCACAUAGUGGUAUUGGUGGUGGUGGUGGUAGUGGUUACAGAGGAGGAGCCAUGGCUGCUGCCCUAGUGCUGCUUCUGCCCUUUCUUUUUCCAACCCUUUUCACUCCUUUCAGCCAUGCUUUGCCCUCUGUUCUCUCGGAGUGGAAUGCUCCUAAACCUCGUCACUCUCGUCUACUAAAGAGUGCCCUGCAGCGUGAAACUUCUGAUCGAGAACAGGCUGAACUAUGGAUGCCGUUGGCUCAACAACAAUUAAAACCUUGUGUCCAAUUCGCCAGCACCUCUUCUUUGCCAGAGAAAUCGAACGGGUAUAUUCAGGUGUUUCUUGAUGGAGGACUAAAUCAGCAACGAAUGGGCAUUUGUGAUGCAGUUGCUGUUGCUAAGAUCUUGAACGCAACUCUCGUAAUCCCGCAUCUUGAAGUAAAUCCCGUUUGGAAAGAUUCAAGCACAUUCAUGGAUAUAUUUGACGUGGAUCACUUCAUUAAUAUAUUGAAAGACGACAUAAAAAUAGUCAAAGAACUGCCCGAAGAAUAUUUUUGGAGCACACGAGAAUAUUACGCAACUGCCAUUCGAGCCACCAGGGUAAAAACAGCACCCGUUCAUGCUUCUGCAAACUGGUACAUCGAAAACGUUCUACCUCUCCUGCAAAGCUAUGGAAUUGCUGCAAUCGCACCGUUUUCUCAUCGCCUGGCUUUCGACAACAUGCCAAAUGAAAUCCAACGGCUACGAUGCAAAGUCAACUUCCAAGCAUUGACUUUCGUCCCUCACAUCAAAUCCCUCGGUCAUGAUCUCGUUACUCGCCUCAGAUAUUCUCCCACACAAGUCAACAAGAAAGCCACCGGAAAGUUUGUUGUACUCCAUCUUAGGUUCGACAAGGAUAUGGCAGCUCACUCGGCGUGCGAUUUUGGUGGAGGGAAGGCUGAAAAAUUGGCUUUAGCUAAGUAUAGGCAGGUUAUUUGGCAAGGAAGGGUAUUAAAUUCGCAAUUUACCGACGAAGAGUUGAGGAGCAGAGGGCGUUGCCCGUUAACUCCCGAAGAAAUUGGAUUGCUUUUAGCAGCUUUGGGAUUCGAUAAUAGUACUCGAUUGUAUCUUGCUUCCCACAAGGUAUACGGCGGUGAAGCAAGAAUCUCGACAUUGCGAAGUAUGUUUCCUCUAAUGGAAGACAAAAAGAGCCUGGCGUCUUCCGAAGAAAGAGCUCAAAUUCAAGGAAAGGCUUCUUUAUUAGCAGCGCUCGAUUAUUACGUCAGCAUGCACAGUGAUAUCUUCAUUUCUGCUUCUCCCGGAAAUAUGCACAACGCUGUGGUGGGCCAUAGAACAUACGAAAACAUGAAGACUAUAAGGCCAAACAUGGGAUUAUUAGGACAGCUUUUCUUGAACAAGAGCUUAAUUUGGACAGAGUUUGAAGAAGCUGUAAUGCAAGGGCAUAAAAGCAGACAAGGGCAGCUGCGACUACGUAAACCUAGGCAGUCUAUAUAUACUUAUCCUGCUCCCGAUUGCAUGUGCAGCAAUGCUUGAGACACGAGGUAAUUAAUUUAUUAAUUAAAUCUUGUUACAAGAGGUUAUAGUGUCGAUCGAUAUAUCUGGCUUGUACUAUUUAAAAUAAAUCGUGUCCCUCCCUUUUACAUGUUCAGUUAUAUGGGGUUGAAAAAUCGAUUUUAUCCUGGUUUGAAAUAGCAGAUUCUUGAACAGCGGUUAGGGUAUUCUUGUAAUAUGUUCGUCCGAUAUACUUAUAAUUAUUUUAUUUGUUUGUCCGAGC